AUGACAUCCACUUCCACUGACCCUGCGGGGAUUCCAGUGUCCACAAGCGAAUUGUGCUCUUCCUCAAUCUUCAGCACGAACCCUCGAUUCUCAAGCGGCGAUGUCCAAGAGCGCAUGGCUCGAAAGCGUAAAACGACCGCAAAUACUUGGGCUCACGCCCGUGAGCCCCUCAAUUCGGAGCCAUCUCGUUGCGGUCGCAAAAAUGAGAAGAUUUACUACUGCAUGCAUUGUAUACACGGCAUUGAGCUGGAAGCCCAUGAACAUCCGAUUAAAAAACGGCGUGACCGUCUGAUUCAGGAUGCUUUCGCCAAGGCCGGCGAUAUGCAUGCUGCAAAGCAACUGGCAAAACGAGAAGAAACUCUGAGACAUGCCAUCAAUCACAAAGCAGCGUUGGAGGCACUUAUUCAGCUCGUGACUGUCCGUAAUCUCUCUUACAACUGCAGUUCUUGGCCAGAGCUUCAUGCGCUCAUUUCUGCAGUCAAUCCUGCGGCAGAUGACCUCAUCAGCCUUUCUCACGGCUCCAUACAGAAGCUUGUCUCCAAUUCCUUUCGUGUACACAAAGACAUGUUGCGAAGAAAAUUGCAGUCUACACCAUGGAAACUUCAUCUCUCUGCUGACGUGUGGUCUGCUCCAAAUCACAAAGCUUUCCUUGGUAUAUGCGUCAAAUUUGUAGAUCCGGAUGCAAAGGAAGCGCUGCAGGCACUAUUAGCUUUGUCGGAGUUGCCAGGUCUUGACGGGCCGGGUAGUCACGGUGGUGCCGAACAAUGGAAGCUUCUUCAGCACGUAUGCAUGAAGAGUUGGAUCAAAAGCGGGAUAACACAAGGUUACCCGGUAGAUUUACUUGAAGCGGAAGGUAUUGAGGAUAACAACGUAGAGGGGCUAGAUGAUUCGGCUGGCUGGCAGAGCUCCAACCCAGAUUCGGUUUAG